AGGAGGUAGAUAUGAUUUUUUGUUUUGUUUUCUAGCCUUUCGGUGGAGGCUAGACUGUGAUGAGGUUUCAAAAGCACAAGAAAGGUCUUGUGUGGGUACCUUGAAGUUAAGCAUUGUUUUUUAAUUUUAUGCAAUAGCUGAUCUUUCUCACAGAAAGCCAAGGUUGCAGAUCCUGAAACAGACCACAGAAAUCAGUUAUUUCUUUACUUUUUGAGCUGCUGCACAGCCGUCUGAGGAAAACAUGAAUGAGGAGACCCCACUGCUGCAUAGAAGAACUGCAUCAUCUGAUUCCCAGAUCAGUAACUCCAGACUGUAUCUAGCUGUGUUUUCGGCAGUUCUGGGCAACUUCAACUUUGGUUACUCCCUGAUCUACUCAUCCCCCGUCCUCCCAAAGUUUAAAAGUCCCGAUGCAGACCCUUGGCUCAGGAUGGACACGGACCAGGCUGCCUGGUUUGGGUCCAUCUACACCCUGGGUGCAGUGGCUGGGGGGCUCGGGGCUAUGCUGCUGAAUGACCUGAUUGGACGGAAAAUGAGCAUCAUGAUGUCAGCGGUGCCCUCGAGUAUUGGAUACAUGCUGAUGGGAGGAGCUGUGAACUUGUGGAUGCUCCUUUUGGGACGAUUUCUAACUGGUGUCGCAGGGGGGAUUACUGCAGCAUCAAUUCCAGUUUACAUCUCCGAGAUCUCACACAAAAAAGUCAGAGGUGCUCUGGGCUCCUGCCCGCAGAUCACAGCUGUGUUUGGGACCCUGACACUCUAUGCCCUUGAUCUGGUGGUACCGUGGCAGUGGCUGGCAGUGGCAGGGUCAGUGCCAGCAGUGCUGAUGGUUAUUCUGCUGGCGUUCAUGCCCUCCUCCCCCAGGAGACUCCUCUCCCUCGGCCAGGAGCAGAAAGCAGAAAAGGCCCUCCGCUGGCUGAGAGGAAGCAACUACAACACUAAUAUAGAGCUCAAUGCUAUACAGCAAAGCAUUAAUACACAGGUUAAAAUCACCUGGUCUCAACUGCUCAUGCCCAUCUAUUACCGGCCGAUCCUGAUCUCAGUUGGGAUGCGUUUCCUGCAACAGAUGACGGGAAUCACGCCAGUUCUGGUCUACCUGGAGCCCAUCUUUGCUAAGAGCAAUGUUGCCAUGGAGCCCAGGUACGAUGCUGCCAUUGUGGGUGCAGUCCGCCUCUUCUCUGUUGCUGUGGCAGCCAGUCUGAUGGACAAGGCAGGACGUAAAGCCCUGCUGUACUCUUCAAGCAUGCUGAUGUUUCUGUCCUCUCUGACUCUGACCAUGAUCUCCCACACCACACCUUGCCCUGCUGUAAACAUUACAGCUCCGGGCUACAGCUCCCACGCUGAGCUGGGCAACACAUUACAGGCCAGCCAGGGAACGGCUGUGAGCGUCAUCCCUCUCAUCAGCACUGUGGUGUUUAUAUUCGGAUACGCCAUGGGAUGGGGACCAAUCACUUGGCUGCUGAUGUCAGAGGUGCUGCCGCUGGUGGCGAGGGGCGUGGCGUCAGGUUUAUGUGUCACUGUGAGCUGGUUGACAGCUUUCUUCACCCUCAUGGUAGACACCUAUGGCUUGUAUGUGCCCUACCUGAUGUUCACUGUGGUGUGCGUCUUAUGCCUGCUGUUCAACGCCGUGUGCAUACCAGAGACUCGCAAUCGCUCGCUGGAGGAAAUAGAGAACUACUUUAGGACUGGACGCACAUUCACCAUCAGACAAAAUCACCCUGGUGUAGUGUCCAGUUGAAAACAAGAAGUCAAUCCAAUCAAAAGGACAGAUUCUUGCUCUGAAAGUAAAAAAAAAGAAAAAAAGUUUAAUGGGGUUCACUUUAAGUGUUUCAUUUCUAAUAAUAAUUACAAAGCCUUGCAAAAGUGUUCAUCCCACUUGAACUUUUUCACUUUUUAUUACAUUACAACUACAAACUUCAAUGCAACCUAUUGGGAUUCUGUGAUAGACAACAAGCAAUGGUUUUAACCUUUUUUAAAAUACAGGAAAGUCUUGAUAUCUGUCCUGCACAUGUGUUUACCCUUGCUGUUUCAAUACUUUCUCCAUCUAGAGUCUAAACACAUUUUCACAAUUUUUGUUGUAAAAUAGCUCAAGCUUGGUGACACUGGAAGGAGAGCUUCUGGAAACAGCAGUUUUCAAGUCUUACCACAGAUUGUCAUUUCACUUUGUCUGGGCCAUUUUAACACAUUAAUAAGCUCUAGCUGUCUGUUUAGGGUCAUUGUCCUGUUCAAAGGUACACCUAUGCCUCAAUUUCAAGUCUUCCUCUAAUAAGUUUUCUUCCAGGAUUAGCCUGUAUUUAUGUCUUCCCAUCAAUCUUAUCAGCUUCCCUGCCUUUUUUGAAGAGUAGCAUGCUGCCACCACCAUGUGGAAUAGUUUGGAUGGUGUGUUUAGGGUAAUGUAAAGUCUCAGUUUUCCCCCACACAAUGUUUUGCAUAUAGGCCAAAAAGUUUAAUGUCAAUCUCAGCUACAUGUUUGAUCUGUCCUCUACUUGUGACAAACAGCUAUGUUUCUCUUGUUUGUCUUCUUGCCCCUUCCAUCAAGGUCAAAUUUAUGGGAUGCAGGUAAUGUGAACACAAUGUGGUUCAAUGAGUAUAAAUACGGUACACUAGAUCACUACGAUCAUGAUUUAGAUCAGAGUUCAGAAUCUUCCAGACGGUUUAUUGACUCAUAUAACCUCUAUAGAGGGAUUUAAACAACAGCUAGGACAGCUACAAAAACUCAACACAGCAAAAUAUGUUUAUAUUAGUUAAAAAAACUUAAGUAAAUACAGCCUUACUGGUGAAAUGGAUAAGAACAUUUCUGACAUCUUUAAUAUGUUUGUGUGCCAUUACAUUUACAUACAAUAUCAAUACUAAAUGCACUUUGUGCCACUUAUGGCCUGCUUCAAAUAUUAUAUACUGUUGUAUUAAAGUUUCCUUUUAUGUAUAUUUUUAUAUCCAGCAGUUUACAAAACAGUGUAUAUGGUUCAAAUAAAUUUGUAAGACAUUUUACCAGUUUUUUUUUCAGUGUGUUUAUGGUUAAUGAUGUAUUUAUUAAUUGAAAGAAUUGAUGAUUUUAUUACAAAAUGACCAUGGAACCUCUACAAUUGUGAGGUUUUUCCGUGUUUUAAGAGGCUUCACAUAUCUCCUUCUCCAGCUUGUUGAAGCAAGUGUUCCAACAUAACAUGCUACAGGAUGCAAAAUCAUUGUUAGAAAAUAUCAAACAAAAGCACCAUCAUCUUAAGCAUUGGAUGGAACUGAUGUGACAUCCAAACUUACAGGAUGACCAGAUUAAUUCCUCAAAACCUUGGGACUCUUUCUGGAUUACAUCAGCAACUCAGGACUUCUGUCGAUCCUGCUUAGCACAUGCUGCCCAUGUUUUAGUAGAAACAGCUGAGGACUAUAUAUGUAGAUGAGUCUUUAUGCGUGUUAUGGUUAGCUCAUCCUCUCUCUUUCAAGGGACUGUACAUAAUAAUAAUAAUAAUAAUAAUACCUGAGAUGUUGACUUUUUAAUUGUCCUUUAUUAAUAAAUUAAAAUUUUAUGUCAUCGUUUUUCUAGCUGCUUUGA